AUGUUGGAACACCUUCAACAGGUCGGACACAUGGCUCCGGGAAUUUUCCGGAGAGCCGGGGGACGCUUACGCAUUCAGGCUCUACGGGACUGUCUUGAAAAGGAUAUCAACUGGAACAGCUUUUCCGAAUGGCAGCCCUAUGAUGUAGCGGAUGUUGUAAAACAAUAUUUCCGAGAGUUGCCCGAAUGCCUGCUCACAAACAAGCUCUCCGCGAACUUAAUUCACAUAUACAGUCACUCGAAGGAAGCCAACUUAUCUCUCCUUCGGUGGGCCGUUAUUAGUCUUCCUGACGAAAAUCGAAUCGCCCUGCAAAGUCUCCUUUACUUCCUUAAUGGACUGGCAAAUCGAAGUUCCGUGACACAAAUGGGAUCUAACAACCUUGCAAUCUGCUUCACUCCAACACUUUUUCACCUGUCAAAAUUAUCACGUCGACGUCGAUGGGGCGAUAAUGUGAACGGCAGUGAGCCCCGCGAGCUGGAGGAACAAAAUGCAGCCCAGAAAUGUCUCUGUGCAAUGAUCACUAAUGCACUGGAACUGUUCAUGAUCUCUGAAGAAACAUUGGUAAAGUGUCACCUGGACGUUGACUAUACUCAUAUUCCCGUGCUGUCACGCAUAAUUUAUGGAAGCGAUUUGAAUUCCUGGCUACAAGAUGAGGUCGCAAGUCUAGUAAAAGAAAGCGCCGAAUCCAAAAGCCGGUCGGGAUGGACUGCCCUCUCGAAAGAAGCCCUAAAAUCCUAUACCAAUGAUUCCGGUGCUGGCGAGGAACUCGCGGGCUUCCAAAUUGCCUUCAAGUUGCCUGCAAAGAGACAGGGCGUGAUGGGGGCAGACAGGUUUCUGCGGACCUGGCGAUGUUCCCUGGUGAUUUCAGGUGUGGGUGUUUCCGAAGUGUUCGACAGAUUUUGGAAUCAUAGAGCGUCCUGGGAUGAAAAUGUCCUGCGGGCAGGCGUGUUAGAGCAGCUUUCGGAUUUCGUGCAGGUCCAGCGGCUUCUGUUUGAUGAGAGGGCUCCCCAACCAGCCAGAGAGUGUCGUCUACUGCGAGGCAACGCUCGUGUUCCCAACAAGACCGGUGCUAUAGCCAUCGUUAGCCAGUCGGUAAAUCACGGUAAUGUGCUGCCCGAGGCGCCGCCUGAACCGGUGUAUUUGUGCGCUGGAAUAUGCAAUGAUCCCUGCCAGGACUGUGAUGAGGAACAGAACACGGACGUUUAG